CAGCUAAGCUAAUUAAGCAGCCUGUACAUACAUAUCCGCAGAAAUCAAACCCAAACCCAGCACUGUCCCUGACGGCCUGACCAGAGCCCGAUCCGCGCGCAGACAGAGAGCCAGAGAGAGAGAGAGAGAGACUGAGAGGUUCGUGUAGCUCGGCGAUGGGGAAGAUGCCGUCGUUCCUGGAGAUGAAGACGGGCGCGGCGAGCGGCGCGUCGGAGGCGGCGCAGGCGCUGAUCGAGUCGGACCUGCGGGAGCUGGGCGUGGCGGCGCGGAAGCUCGCCAACCACGCGGUCGUCCUCGGCGGCGGCCUCGGCUUCGGCAGCUCCCUCCUCAAGUGGCUCGCCUUCAUCGCCGCCGUAUACCUCUUGAUAUUGGACCGGACAAACUGGAAGACCAACAUGCUGACGGGCCUCUUGGUCCCUUACAUUUUCUUCACCCUGCCUGGUGUGCUGUUCUCUCUGAUAAGGGGAGAGGUUGGUUGCUGGAUUGCGUUCAUUGUAGUCAUCCUUCGGCUCUUCUUUCCUCGCCACUUUCCUGAUUGGCUGGAGCUGCCAGGCUCUCUGAUCCUUCUCACGGUGGUCGCCCCAAGCCUAUUCGCGGACACCUUCAGGGGUGACUUCGUCGGCGUCGGCAUCUGCCUUGCAAUCGGGUGCUACCUGCUUCAGGAGCACAUCAGGGCAUCAGGUGGCUUCAGGGAGGCCUUCAGGAAGGCCAAUGGCGUGUCCAACACCAUCGGCAUCGUCCUGCUCUUCAUCUACCCCGUCUGGGCCCUGGUGCUGAUGCUGCUGUAGAAGAAACACCAUUUCAUCGCUAUCAGUGUCUGGUUCACUUCCGUUUCACUGUUCGAUGAACCCUCGUGGAGACCCUAUGUUGAUUUCAUGAUUUGGCAUCGAUCGUCUGGGCUCGAUGAACCCUGCACGUUUGUAAUUGUACCUGUCCGGGGCAUGUUUUGUUUUUGUUGCGGUCCUUGAUUUGUCGGGUACAUAAAGUUUCAAUAAGAACAUCAUCUAUGUUGCUUUCUGUGGUGAAAAUGUGAACGAGUCGUUGGCUAAA